CGUUGCGGUCGUGCAGCAAACUCGCGUUCGCUCGUCAUCCGGUUGGUUCUAAUCACACACAGUGGGUUCUGAUAAACAUCUUACUCUUGGAGUGCUUCUUCCUACUGACAGAGCAGAAUAUGCAUGCGUUCUGAAAGAGAGUAUUUACUGCUUAGUUCAAGUGUUAUGCAGCAGCCUCAUUUAUUCUGAGCUGUUUGGAAGGAUUAGGGAAGCUACAUCUUUUGAGCUUGGGUUGGCGGUGUAAGGACAUCCGGAGAUGUGAGGCGUCGAUAAGGAACCGUUAGGUGUGAUAAGCCUCCUACGGUUGUGAAAAAUGGCGAACCUAGGUGACACGUGCGUGAUCUUUCGGUCUGGAAGUAGUGGAAUUUGCUUUCGCAAGUGGCGUGUGGGUGGGCUGUGAAGUGACGGAACCAUUCCGUCUGUGCAAUCUACCGAUCGGUUGUUCCUGGAGGCGAGCACCGUCCCUGUGGCAGACCGUACGACGCAAUGAAUGCCUCUGGCAGUCUGGACUUCAGAUGUUUAUGGAUAGUUAAUGGUUAGAACGUGAUUCUGUGGAUUACAGAUGCAUAUGCGUGUACGCUGAGGGCGCCCGGUACUUGGUGGGAAAAUCCAAUGAUUUUACGACAUCCUGACUAGAAACGUGACCGAGAAUUGUGAAACACGUUCUGGUUCAAUUAAGGUGCUAAACUCACAGUGAAUAACGAAAAUGCAGUUUUCUGAAUAAUUAAAAUUAAAAUUUAACAGUCAUCAAUCAGUCGACAGAAGGAUUCGCUGCAGAAUUUUAAUAAUUGUCAAUGUUUUUGAAUCAAAUUAGUGUUUAAAUAGUGUACCAAAUGAAACUACUCAAUAUGGUUAUGGAAAUAAGUAGUAAUAAGCGUGAUUAAUAAUAAAAAUAUAUAAAAGCUUUUAAAGUGCAAUGAUGUGAAGUAUUAUAGGAAUAAAUUUCGUGCUACGUCAAAUGAAAAAAAAAAUCUCUAGUUCGAAGCAGAUUAGUUCUAACUGAAAAAAAUAAUUAUGUAAUCUAUGUAGAAAAUCAAAUCCAUCGCAAUAAUAGUUCGUCAAUUUAUUGUCCGAAGAAUCAGUGCGAAAUAUAACGAAGGUUGUCGUUUCAGAAUGUGGGUUCCAGUCAACGAAUGACAAGUGGUACACAUAACGAUUAAUUGGAUUGAAAGGAAAACGGAACACACUCUAAGUGGGAAAGAAAACAGGUGCUUGUGUGUGAAAUAACGGCAAACGAGGUGAAUCUCGGUGGAAAGGACAGUCCUCGUAAAUAGACAUCGAUUAUUUGGUGCGUGCGGAAAGAAAAAAAACAGCUCUAUAAGUUCGAAGGAGUGAAGGACUUUUUUUCCCGUUGGCGUUGCCGUAGAAGAAGCCCGUUCAUUGCGCGGAAAAAAGAUAACUUCAACCCACCAGAGGAUGGUUGGGCGCUGCGAGCAUCACAACCCAGUGUUGCCGGUCCUUGCGCAAACAACACUUGAGGCUUAGCUGAGGCUGUCGAUGUUACUGCUAAUUGCCCGUCACGAACAGCUGUUUCCGGUACCGUAUGGAAAAUGAAAAUGCCAAUCGGAGCAGAAAGAUAUCAGUAAGCUUCCAGUGAAUCGACAUUUGUGGAACAGGGCUGAGUGUGAAGAAAUAAGAAAAAAAAUAUAUAGUUUAACAUCCUACCGUCGAAAAAAAAAGAAGAUCGGUGACACCUGCAAGCAGUGCAGUGGGGUAGUGCUUAUUGCCUGGAUCCCUUGUACAGUGAGUUCGAUACAUCCAAGCGUGGUCAACAAUGAAACUGAGUGUCAGUGCCUACCGAGCCCAUGCAUCAGCACACAAGAAAAUUCUCUCCAGUAGCACCUACCAGACGCAAUUCAACUACGGUAGCACGGCAGCCGCCGUUCUCUCGACACCGACGUCAUCGGGCCUGUUUUCAAUGGACCCGGCCAACCCGAACUCAGCCCUACUACCAACAUGUGCGACUAUUUCCAGCGGUGCCAACCCGAACACAACCGUAUCCUGCAUUGGUGGCAUUUCCUCAGCCGUAGUUUCGGCCGGCGAAAAUCCUUCGACGCUGCUCAGCCCAACCCUUCUGUCGCCCGGAACCAACACUGCGACGGCAUCGAUUGCCACCUCCCGCGAUGAUGAGGACGAUUCCAGUAACCAAAUUUCGUCCGCUGGCAGCAAAAGCUCCGGCAACCGGACCAAGUCGAACCAGAGAUGGAUGAAACUUCGGACGACGGUGCAAAUAUCGUCCGCUAUGGCCAAGAAGCCACCGCUCAAACGGGAGGACUCCUUUCUGAAGCGAUUCUCGACCCGACAGAUACCGGAAACGCAGGAAACCGUCGAGGACACCGGCUCCGAGGGUGCUACCGAUCCGGACAAAACGGCCCGGCGACGGCGCCGUCUGAAAAUUCCGAAAUCCGUCGUCAACCCGGACGAGAAUUUCUACUUCUACUGGCUGAUGCUGUUGACCAUCAGCAUCCUGUACAACCUGUGGACGCUGAUCGUACGCCAGAGCUUCCCGGAGCUGCAGGAAAAUGCUUCCAAAUUUUGGCUGAGCUGUGAUUGUCUUACCGACCUUGUUUUUAUACUAGACGUAGUUGUACAGUUGCGAACCGGUUAUCUCGAGCAGGGACUGAUGGUUUACGAUUCGAGAAAACUGGCGGGCCACUAUCUCCACUCGAGUGAUUUUUUACUAGAUUUAGCCACUUUAGUACCUUUAGAUAUUUUACAAAUUCGUCUCGGAACCCAACCGCUGCUGCGAUUUCCUCGGUUUUUCAAGGUUUAUCGAGCAGUAAAGUAUUACUACAUCGUCGAAAGCAGAACGGUUUGGCCGAACCUGUGGCGGGUCAUAAAUUUGAUUCACAUCCUGCUCAUUCUGGCCCACUGGUUCGGAUGCUUCUACUAUUUACUCUCCGAGGCGGAAGGGUUCCAGGGUGAUUGGGUUUACCCCUACCGGCCCGGGGAUUACGCUACGCUCACCCGAAAGUACCUUGGCAGUCUGUACUGGUCGACGUUGACGCUGACCACCAUCGGUGAUUUGCCGACGCCGGAAACGAACGCUGAACCGUCGCAAUCGGCGGACGGCCCUAGAUCUCUUCCGCGACGUGGACUCAAAUCACGACUUCUGCAGUUCAACUCGAGCCGGGGAUAUGUGUUCACGAUCGUCAGCUACCUGAUCGGUGUGUUCAUUUUCGCCACCAUCGUCGGACAGGUCGGAAAUGUGAUAACCAAUCGGAACGCGAACCGGCUGGAGUUUGAGCGGCUGCUGGACGGCGCGAAAACUUACAUGAGGCACCACAAGGUACCCGGCGGAAUGAAGCGACGCGUUCUGCGGUGGUACGAUUACAGUUGGUCCCGUGGCCGGAUACAGGGCGGUGGGGACAUCAACACAGCUUUGGGACUGCUGCCGGAUAAGCUCAAAACGGAACUGGCACUGCAUGUCAAUCUGAGUGUGCUCAAAAAGGUUACCAUUUUCCAGGAGUGCCAACCGGAGUUCCUACACGAUUUGGUGCUCAAAAUGAAGGCGUACAUUUUUACGCCCGGUGAUUCCAUCUGCCGGAAGGGCGAGGUCGCCCGAGAAAUGUUCAUCAUUGCCGAUGGCAUCCUGGAGGUGCUGAGCGAGACGGGCAAGGUGCUAACCACGAUGAAAGCGGGGGAUUUUUUCGGCGAGAUCGGAAUACUGAAUCUAGACGGGUUGAACAAACGAACGGCUGAUGUGAGAUCGGUCGGUUACUCGGAGCUCUUCUCGCUGUCACGCGAAGAUGUACUGACGGCGAUGAAGGACUAUCCGGAAGCACAAGAGAUUCUUCAGACGCUGGGACGAAAAAGACUGAUGGAGGUGCGCUGCGUAAACAGAAAGCACGCCAGCAAACAUGCCACGAAGGAGCACGGCCAUGACCAUAGCUCAAACGUAACCAACAACAAUAAUGCCCAUACCCAAGGUGAUAGUAGUGAUAAUAGUGCCUCAAAACGUAUCGUAGAUAAACUAAAAAGUGAUGUUAAGGGAUUGAAAAAUGCACUCCGGAAGCCAAGAACGGGAACAAUUAGACGUAGUAAUGAAUCGAUCGAGCUCCAGCCUUUACAGGGAACUAGCAGUGGCGGAAGUGGUGGCAGCGGAGGCAAAACUCCUAAGACCAUGCUUCGUCGGAUGGCCCGAGUGAAAUCGGAUGACAUCCACACGGAGGACGAGGCAAAGGACAACGAUAAAGUGCCAAGUCCGAUUGGUGCUGGACUUCCACUGUUACAGCGGCUGCGGCUCCUCAAAGAAAAACAAGACCGAGAAGAGCGCGCCGCGAAAGCGACCGCCAACCAAGUCACCAUGACCACCACCGCACAAAUUAUCUCCCCGCCGCAUACUCACGUAACCUCUGCCAUAUCACCACAGGAAUCGAUUCAGGAAGAACCGGAACCGGAAGUAAUCGGUGCCGGAUUACCGUUGAUCCACCGGCUACGGUUGCUCAAAGCAAAAGAGGAACGCCUGGCCAAGGAGGCCCAAGCGAAGCUACACGUAAUACAACAACAAACCUCCAGUACACCGUCGCUGAUUCAAAGUCAUAGCCCCACAUCCCCGAAGGCACCGCCAAGUCCGAUCCUGAGCACAUCCGCGGCAGCCGGCCACCAUCACAAUCAUGGCAAAGCGUCGAUGCGAGUUUCGUUUAAAGAUCGCAUCAAGAGCAUGCACCGGUUGGAGACGAAAGUUGAAUCACGAACCAUUUCGAUACCGGAGGGCAUGGAUGUCAAGCGACAUCUGUUGGCGAGUGUACCGGCUAAAAAUGCACGACUAUCAGCCGCGCAAACACUGAAGGACAAAAUUCGUUCCUUCGGACAUCUGCAACGAACCGACGAUCAACUGAAACCGUGGUCCAAGCUUAAGCUAGCAACAGUGGUAAGCGUCGGAGGAAGUUACAGCAGUUUGAACAACAGUCUGAAUGAAGACUCGCCUAUCCUGGAGCAGACCAGGAAAGCAGGCCGCCUGAAGACAUCGAUUCCAGCUGAUUUAAACUUGAGCUCACUGACCCACACAAUUCCUCCACCGAUAUUUUCCGCUCCUCCUACGACCACCACUAGUGGGUCAAUUUUCCAACCACCGAGCAGUGUGUUCAGCCGAAGUACGACCAUCGAGAAGGUCUGCGUUAGUGAUAGUGAGGUGACGAGCAAGAAGCAAGUCUCGCCAUCUCCCGCCCGUGUUCGAAUGAAACCCAAACCGAUCAAGUUGACCAAAGAACCGAAAAGCUACAAAAGCUACGUGUCCAUCGAUGACCUUUCACCGGAAUACAGCGGCCUUCCCUUUGUAAAACGCCUCAAAAUACUGAAUGAACGGCAGAAACUGGCCGAACUGGAGUCGGCAAUGCAAACCCGUAGCCUUAGUCUAGACUGCACGGAUUCGAACAGUAGCAAUGCCGGCUACGAACCACUUGAUCAACUGUCCCGCAGCAAGAGCGAAGGUUCCGGAAUAGCUUCGUCACGUUCGAAAGUGGGAGAACCCGACACCUUCGCCGAAAACACUCCACUCAGUCCGGAAUCGAACGAAACGCCCGAACGACGACAGCUGAAAAGCAUACUGAAACGACUGUCCGAAGACAAACUUGCCCUCGAUCAGCGACAGGGCAUUCAGAAUCGAGACAUUCGGAAGUUGAUGCGAGCCCAGACGGUAGAAGGGUACGUUGCUAGACAUAGCAAGUUCACAAAGAGCGUCACCUUCGAUAGAAACACACUCUCUAGCCCCCCAAACAGUGCUAAUUUAGGUGAAUCUAUUGAAGAACGCACUCUUUUUCCCAUUCCUAGCGCACAAAGUUCCACAACUACAGUGACCCCUGUGGCUAGUUCAACCAGUGAGGACAGUCCAGCUCCCACCAUGACGGAAAAUGUUCAGAUCGUUUCGCAGGACCAGUUUCCGACGGUUCCGCAAACGGUGCUGGAGGAUACCGAGGACAGUGGUCAAGAUCUACAAGCCCUAGUUAUCAGCAACAACGGAUAUUACGAACACGACGAUCAAAGGUAUCACAUCAACGAAAACCAUCAACUGUCGAGGGAUGAUUCGCCAUCGAGGGGGUCACUGUCAGCCUUCAACACUCAGCGAAAGAUUAUCAAAGGUUCGAUGGAGGAGCAGGAAUUUUUCGGUGAGGUGCUGCUAGGCAUCAAACAGGUCAUCCAGACGCACAUGAAGGAGAUACAGGUUAAGUUUCAGGACAAAUUCUUCAAUCUGGAAUUGGAGGUGAAAAAAAGGGACGAUAUCAUAUCAAAGCUCCAGAACCGUAUUCAGGAGCUGGAACGGGAUCAGCAAGAGACGAACGAUGGCGAUGGUGAAGAAGGCAGUGGCACAUCCCGGUCUUCCGAAGAGCUGCCAUUUAUGCGCGGUGACUCUCUGGACACGAUUUUCGCUUCCUCGCCUCACUCAGACUCGGAUGCACCACGGACCCAAAAGGUUCGCAACCGUAAACCGCGAGGCUCGCCGCGCCACAGACCGUUACGGAAUCGACCAUCCUGGGACGAAAGUACCGAUCAGGAUAGUUUCGAUCUCAAAGACCCACCCCCGGGAUAUACGAUUGGAGCACUGUCUUCCAGAGUUCAGCCACCUCCCGUUCCUCCUCGGCGAACUCCUCCAGCUGAUCGGAUACGAAGUCCCUAUCGAGACAUCGUAAUAUCGCAGCUAACCGGAAACAUUGUCUCAGACAGUGUUGUGGUCAACAUUGAGACCAGCUCUAGUUCCGAGCAUUCGCAUUCAGAGAAUGAUAAUAUCUACUCAAGCCCAGGUGGAACUACACGAGGAAAUGUCGUAGAGGAAGAUCCAGGCGAAGACGAGGAGGACGACGAAUUCGUUACCGAGUCGGGCAAACUUGUAGAGAACCGUGGCUGUCGCAGCAGUGAGGAUGACCUGGACGAUGAUUUCGAUGGAGAUGAUGACGACGACGAGGAAGAGGAGAUGAAUCACAAUGACUGGGAAGUUCGCAUGUUGGUGGCAGAACUUCAGAAACGGGAAAGUAUAAGCACAGAAAUCUUAAGCGAUCUGGAAGAAAGUGGUGGAGUUCUGCGGAGACGACGAAAGCGAAGCGAAACAGACACCGAAGAUGGCGAUGUGGAGUUCGAAACACCUCGAAGACCACGAGCAUCCAGUCUCGAUCAGCACAAUUUGCGACGGGGAGCCAGCGUCAGCCACGGCAGUGGUAAACGGAGAGGUUCCAUCUUCAAGGCCAUGAGCUUCGACAGGGACAAAGAUCGCCUUUGAGAAUUAAGGCUCAGAUGUGAAGUUUGCAUGUUCACCAGCGUCACCAAUGUGGUGAUAGUUGAGUGGACCAAGCGGUAAGCGGUGACAGUGAGACUGUGAAUUCAAGCAAGAACCAACGUAAUUAAAAACGCACUACUAGAUCAUAUAGAAUAGAUGCAACAGUUAAAAGAAAAACAAAAUGGUUAGAGUCGAAUUAGCUUAGAACAUCGAUUAGAAUUAUUCGCCGAUGACGAAGCUGGGGAGACUUGAAGUGAAAAAUUAAAUUUGUUACAACCGAUGAACGACGCAAAUAAAGAGAUUUUAUCGCACGUUUUGCACAGAAACAAAAAAAAUAUAUAGCAUUUGGUGAAGCUGUUAUAGAUUAAGUAGUUUUCAUAUUUCAACAAUUAACGAUUGUUAUACUUGUGUUACUUGCAGAGGAGUGUGAUUAGGGUGAGAAGCUUGGUGCCAGAGGGAAGACAAUUUUUUAUUAUCUAAAUUUAGAACUAUAAUAUACGAUUUAAAAACCGUUAGCGAUUCCUAAACUUAAAACUAGUACUGGCAAUGAAAAAAGAAUUUUCAAACUAUAACUAGUCAAGCAUUGAAACCCGUCCAUAUGAGUUUGAUAUCAUAUUAGAAUAGCAUCCUAACUUUAUUCGAUAAAAUUUCAUCCGAAUUUACAUAGUUUUUUUUUCUAGUUAUAACCGAUGGCUACAAAAUCCGUGUUGCCAAAAGUAUAGAUUUACCUUAAUGAAGCAACUGAGUCUUUUUAGACCUCUUAAGCAGUUUAGAACGAAUGGAAUGAAAACUAAUUUGACGGGAUAGUUUAUUUCAUUCUUAACGAACCCGAGAAAAGCCGGUACUCGGACUUUAAUGCGCAGAGUGUGAAAACGUUUUUCUUUUUUGCUAUAAAGUUUUGAUGUUUUUCCCAAUCUCAAAUUCAAGAUUGUUGGGAAUUGAAUUGUCUUUAUGCUGUUUUUCUAUCAUUUUUUGCCACGAGAAACAUACAAAAUAGGCACAAAAUAAUGUGUUAUUUCGGACCCAGACAUUGAACAACCAUUGUUAGUUAUAUAACAAAGUCUUAUCAAGACGAUACUGAACAAUUUGUAAAAAUCUGUACCAGUAUUAACACUACAUUGUGACAACGUAGCUUAGAUUUAACGAAAUUUCCAAACGAACAAAAGAAAACUGGUGUAAAAAUCGCUUGAAAAAGAAUUAAACAGUGAACUAAACGAUAUUGAAACAUUUCAUAGCUGUAGGGUGAAGAGUAACAUCAAUAAAUUCAACCGGAAGGGUAAAUGACCAAACUUUCUUAACUACGGUAGCAUUUUAAUUCUAGUGUAACAAUCCAUUCAUAGAACAAUGGACAUCAUAGAGGCAAACCAGCAUCUGAGUGUAUUGAUCCCGGUAUGGCAAAAUGUAGACAAAGUUAACUAUUUCAUAUUCAUUAUUUCAUAUAACAUUGUGAUUUUGUGAUAAUGAAGGGAUACUCAAAGAAAAAAAAACAUCCGUAGGAAGUGAAAUACCAAAUAGAUUAGGUUCAAUGCAUUCGAAACUACAGACACUGUGCAAAAUGAAACAUUACAACGUUCUAAUUGAGUCCAAUUUUUUUUCGCUCCGCUUAGCACAAACAUUUCCGGUGAAACAAACGUGAAGCAAUGUGAUAAAUUUAAACCCCUUAACAAUUAGGCGAAUUAUGAACCAAAACAUGCUAAAAUUCUUUCAAAUCUACCGUCUUUGGUUCAAAGUUGGUCCGGUGAAACAUUUAUCUCGGUUCGGUUUGGAACACUUUUCAUAGUUGUUUUGCAGUCGAUUGUCCCCAUUUUAACCCAAUGUGUUUUAAAAACCAAUCACUGAUUUCACUGCGGGUAGUGCAGGGAAUAAAUAAAAACAAACAAACUGAACCAAACGUAGGUAAUGGAGAAAGAUCACACAAAGUAUUCAUUUGAAAAGACGAUAAUUUACUAUGAUUUGUGCUGUUGAACGUAUCUAAGAAACAAAUGCGGACACGUGUGCGUAAGAUUGUGUGUUGAAAAUGAGAGAUAAAAUCAAUUAACUUUUUUAUUAUUAGGAUUCAACUUAGGAACAAGAGAAAAACAAAUAUUAAAUAAUAGCAGUUGGUUAAA